AUCUUGUGUUCAUUGAACCGGAGAGCGGCGCUGUGGGAACUACAACUCCCAGGAAAAGAGCAGCAGGUGGAGUUUCAGCACCGGGAGACGAACUUCAUUCACAUCCUUCAGAAGAACCCAGUUUCUGAGUUUAUCAGCAGAAAUGUCCAAAGGAACGCAGCUGCGGCGGCGAGGCGGGCCGUUCAGGACGGAGCCGGCCACAGACCUGAGCCGCUGGAGGCUGAGAAACGAAGAGGGCAGGCAGACCUGGAGCUACGUGGACGACCAGGAGCCGCCCAGCAGGGAGCAGACCAUGCUGGAAGCUCAUUCUCUGGGUCUGGACAUCAGUCGGUUUGUGUCAGACUCCUCGGCCUCUGAAACGGCUCUGGAUGCUGCAGUUAAAGGGAUGAACUUCUACAGACGACUCCAGGCUGAGGACGGCCACUGGGCGGGGGACUACGGUGGACCCCUCUUCCUGCUCCCAGGUCUCCUUAUCACGUGUCAUGUUGCUAAGAUUCGUCUGCAUGAGGCCUGGAGGAAGGAGAUGGUGAGAUACCUGCGCUCCGUUCAGCUGCCAGACGGAGGCUGGGGGCUACACAUUGAAGAUAAAUCCACAGUGUUUGGAACGGCGCUGAGCUACACGUCUCUGAGGAUUCUGGGAGUGGAUCCUGAUGAUCCAGAUCUGGUUCGUGCUCGGGACAACCUGCACAGCAAAGGCGGCGCCGUCGGGAUCCCGUCGUGGGGGAAGUUCUGGUUGGCUGUUCUGAACGUUUACAGCUGGGAGGGACUGAACACGUUGCUGCCAGAGAUGUGGCUCUUCCCCUCCUGGAUGCCGGCCCACCCAUCCACCCUGUGGUGCCACUGCCGCCAGGUCUACCUGCCGAUGAGCUACUGCUACGCUGUCAGGCUGUCGGCAGAGGAAGACCCUCUAAUUCUCAGCCUUCGACAGGAGCUUUUCGUCCAGGACUUCGCCUCCAUCGACUGGAUCGCUCAGAGGAACAACGUGGCCGCCUGCGACCUGUACACCCCUCACAGCACGCUGCUCUCUGCCGCCUACAUGCUGCUGAACCUGUAUGAAGCUCAUCACAGCGUCGCGCUGAGGAAGAUGGCCGUCAGAGAGCUGUACGACCACAUCCAGGCCGACGACCGCUUCACCAAGUGCAUCAGCAUCGGGCCGAUCUCGAAGACGAUCAACAUGCUGGUUCGUUGGUACGUGGACGGCCCCGCGUCGGCCGCGUUUCAGGAACACGUCUCCAGGAUCCCAGACUACCUGUGGCUGGGACUGGAUGGGAUGAAAAUGCAGGUGGGAGUUGGCAUCACUUCAACACCGUGUGUUUGUGUGGAAGUGAUUAUUUACGGACAAACUCCCCUGUGCUGCCUCUUCGGCUCUCUGACUCUAACCGUCGUCCUCUUUGUGACCAGAGACGUUCCGGUGGAGGUGCAGAAAGCGUGCCGGUUCCUGCUGCAGCACCAGAUGUCUGACGGAGGCUGGGGGGAGGACUUCGAGUCGUGUGAGCGGCGGCGCUACGUCCAGAGCGCCGCAGCUCAGAUCCACAACACCUGCUGGGCUUUGCUGGGACUGAUGGCCGUCAGACAUCCUGACCAGCAGGCCAUCGAGAGAGGAGUCCAGCUGCUGGUCCAGAAGCAGCUUCUCAACGGAGACUGGCCUCAGGAAAACAUUUCUGGUGUGUUCAACAAGAGCUGCGCCAUCAGCUACACCUCCUACAGAAACGUCUUCCCCAUCUGGACCCUGGGCCGAUUCUCCAGGCUCUAUCCCAGCAGCCCGCUGGCCGGGAAGCUGAAGCUCUGACGUCCUGACCUCUGACCCCACUCAUGUUUUCUAUCUUAUUCCAUCAGCUGUAGCAGAUACUACAGCCAUCAGUCAGAGACACUAAUAGUGAAAAAGAGGAAGAAUUUUGUGCUGCUAAAUGAGUCACUGAUGAUUUAAUCCUGAAGAGUUUAUUCAUUUACUGAACAUUACAGUUUAUUCUCCUCUGUCCUCACUUUAGUUUCUGAUUUUAUCCCACUCGGGUAAAUGGUUUGCUCCAUUUACCCCAGUAGAGAACUGGGAAUGAUAUCAGCCAGUCUGGUGGAAAUCCUGCUGUGAUCAUGCUAAUGCUAUUAGCAACGAAAGCCAAUAAAAUCAUUUUCUGCAUUAUACAUUCAAACACUGUGCAACAUGUUCACCAACUGAUGCUUUACAAUGUGAAGUAUUAAUGUGUCUUAUUUAAAUGAGUCAAAUGUAAUUAAACCAUUUGAGCCUU